GUUGUCCCCAGGGGAGAGAGCUUGUUGUAGCAACGGUGAGCAGGGAGGGUUUGGUCUCUCGCCCGCUGGCCAGCGGGACAUUUAAAGGCAGGGCCGGGGACAGGAGCUGAGCUGCAGGGAGGAGUGAGGUGGGGAUGGGCAGAGGCACACAGAGGGGGCAGAGCGGCCCCCGGCCAUCGGAGCUCUAGGCAGGACGGCAGCCCCCCACUGCGGCGGUGCCUGACCAGGGGCAGGGGACCAGCUACUUGUGGGUGUCUUUAAUACACUGGGGACGAGCUCCUGGGCAGCAGAGCCCACGGCCAGGCCCGUCGGCGAUGGCCAGCCCUCAGGGCGCCAGCCCCCACCCAGGGAACCGGGGCACCCGCCCGCCAGCCGGGCUCAUCUUCUCCCCUGAGCCGGGGCCGUCACCCAUCGGCGGCUUGUGCAGGAACAUGGGGCAUCUCAGCUGCGUGGAGAGCAUCACCCCGAGGAGAAGGCUGAGGCUGUCCCCAGACGCCCUGACUCCGAGCCGCGCUGGCUCCCAGGUGCCGGCUCCCGCAGGGACGCCCACGCCCACAGGUGAUGCACCGGAGCCCUCGCUCAGCCCCCAGGCCUGCAGCAGCAGCAGUGAGGGCAGCUGCAGUCAGAUGCCCUGGCGUUGCAGCCUGCCCGGCUCCAGCAAGUGGCUGCGAGGAGCCAGCGAGGGGCCAGGGGAAGGAAGUACCAGUCCUCAGGGCAUGGGCGAGGGCAGCUCUGGCCUCUCUCCUGCUCUAGCCCCUGGGACAGACGGCGAGAUCCUGACCGGAGAUUUUUCCAGGCCCUGCUCUCUGCCGCUGGAGGAUGGCCUGCACCGGGAUCUGCGUUACGUCAGCCCCGCCACAGUGGCUUCCCUGCUGCGCGGCCAGUUGGCUGGGGUGGUGGAGGAGUACGUGGUGGUGGACUGUCGCUAUCCCUACGAAUACGCUGGGGGACACAUCAAGGGCGCCCUGAAUCUGUACCGAGAAGAGCAGCUGGCGACGUGGUUCCUGCCGGAUCCCUUGGGCACGACCCCGUACCCCCGCAGCAGCACCCUGAUCUUCCACUGCGAGUUCUCCUCUGAGAGAGGCCCCCGCUUGUGCCGCAGCCUGAGGAGAAUGGACCGAGACGCCAACCGGUACCCAGAGCUCUGGUACCCAGAGCUGUACAUGCUGCGUGGCGGCUACAAGGAGUUUUACGAGCACUUCCAGGAUCUCUGCGAGCCCCAGGGCUACAUCCACAUGCGGCACAAGGACUUCCGAGCCGAGCUUAGGAACUACCAGCGGAGGAAAAAGCCUUGGAGCCUGCGCAGGAUCCGCAAAGAGCUUUUCAAGCCCCUGUCCCCAGGGACUCCCUUGCAAUAGCAACCCAGAGCCCAUCCCUGACUCACAGGGAGGUACCCACUAGCCCUACCCCUUGCAUCUGAAAUGGAGCUGCCCCUUUCCCAUUUGGCAAGUCAGACCUUCCCUGGCUGGCUGCCUCUGGAGCUCCAGCAUCCCAGCUGUAAUUUAAGACUCUAGCCCAGGGGUUCUCAAACUGGGGGUUGGGAUCGCUCAGGGGGUCACAAGGUUAUUAUGGGGGGGGUCAUGAGCUGCCAGCCUCCACCCCAAACCCCACUAAGCCUCCAGCAUUUAUAAUGAUGUUAAAUAUAUUAAAAAGUGUUUUUAAUUUAUAAGGGGGGGUCGCACUCAGAGGCUUGCUGUGUGAAAGGGGUCACCAGUACAAAAGUUUGAGAACCACUGCUCUAGCCCUUAUGGUUGCAAAGAAAACCUUCAAAAUAUGGCUCUGUGAGUGAAGCUGAUGCAGUGACGUCUUCCUGAGUCUACAGGCAGCCUGAAAUGAUAGCUCUGUGAGGUUGAACAGCCCCAUUCAGCUCGUUGGAUAUUGACUUGAUGUCACCAUUGUUCACUUUUUCAUUUUGGACCUGGAGACACAGGGCAGACGAGGAGCCAUCAUUUCAUUGUGCAGGAGACCUGCACAAUUUGCUUUUAUGGGUGUCACAUUUUAGUGCCUCAAAAGGGUGGAGUUUGUUCUGUGGGUGGAGCUUGGGUGCACAUCACUACUUCCCCCUCAAACUCACCUCUGCCCCUCCCUCAGGGCAGUGAUUGACAGGGAGCUUCCCCCUAGGGCUGCCCUCAGCCCCUCCCCUCCUCUCGCUCCUCCUUCUUGCCAGGCAAAUACAAGAAAAGGGCAGCAGCAUGAGUACUCAAACCUGCACUGAUGCAGCAGCAGCUUUAACGCCUGGCUCUUUGUGGCCACUUCGGUCUCCUCUUGUUCCCUCCUCGAGUUCUCCUGCCAUUUCCUUUUUAUUCUUGCCUCCCUCCCCUCUCCCGCUGAGCCACACCUGGGAACUCACGCCUCACCAAUCUGCUAGAAUUCUCUGAGGGGGUCGAGCAGCGUGUGGCCCGGGGGAUCCAGUGGAUACAGGGUACUUAGAUUGUCAGAAAGCCUUUGACAAGCUCCCUCACCAAAGGCUCUUAAGCAAAGUCAGCUGUCAUGGGAUAAGAGGGAAGAUCCUCUCAUGGAUCAGUGACUGGUUAAAAGAUAGGAAACAAAGCAUAGAAAUAAAUGGUCAGUUUUCAGAAUGGAGAGAGGUGUCCUCCAGGGUCUAUACUGGGCCCCGUCCUAUUCAACAUAUUCAUAAAUGAUCUGGAAAAAGGGGUAAACAGUGAGGCGGCAAAAUUUGCAGAUGAUACAAAACUACUCAAGAUAGUUAAGUUCCAGGUGGACUGCAAAGAGCUACAAAAAGAUCUCACAAAACUGGGUGACUAGGCAACAAAAUGGCAGAUGAAAUUCAAUGUUGAUAAAUGCAAAUUGGAAAACGUAAUCCUAACUGUACAUAUACAAUGGUGGGGUCUAAAUUAGCUGUUACCACUCAAGAGAGAGAUCUUGGAGUCAUUGUGGAUAAUUCUCUGAAAACAUUCACUCAGUGUGCAGCCAUCAAAAAAGUGACCAGAAUGUUGGUGAUCAUUAAG